AUGAACUAUUAAUUAUCAAUCUUAUUUGAGGCCUUGGAUACUAAUUCAGGGAAAGUAUUAGUCUCCGAAAAGAAGGACCAAAAUACCAAAACCAAAUAUUAUGCAUUUUAAUUUCUUAAGCCAGAGAUUCUUAGACAAUAUUUGCUGUAAUAUGACACAGCUCUUAAAUAAUCAAAAUACAAUUAUUUAUUUAGAUAAUAUUAGGAAAUGCAUCUAGGAAAUCCACACCUCCAUCUAUUUCAAUAUUACGAAGAUGGUAAAUUUUUGGAUCAAUAUGUGAUUGAUAAUGGCAAACAAAAAUAAUCUUUUAAUUAUUAAUAAUUAAAUUCAUACCUGAAAUAAUUGCUAAUAGCAUUGUAUGAAUUGCAUUCUAAGUAAAUACCUGGAAGGAUCUUCUCAAUUUACAACAUUCUAGUUGUUUAAGAAAGACUUGUUUUAAUGGAUUUUGGAUUUGGACCAGAUAUUAAGCAAGAUAAUUUAGAUAUACUGGCACCUCCUGAAUGUUUAGAAGAAAUAAUUAAUCGCAGUAAUAUUUUAUGUAUGCUUUAGAUGAAAACUAAAGAGAUUUCGAUUUAAAAUUUGAUUCUUGGUUGCUGGGAGCAAUAUUGUAUCACUUAAUAAAAUUUAGAUCGAUAAAUUAGGUUGAACUCUAAAAGGAUAAAUAUCAAAGAUAUAAAUAUAAUAGAAUAGAAAAAUAUUAUGAAUAUCUAAAAACACUUGAUUAUAUUCCAUGUUAAACUGGUAGAUACAAUUAAAAAUUACUCUCCUUUGUUGAAUCUUUGCUUACUUGUAACAAAGAUAAGCGAUUAUCAUUUUUACAAAUUUAUCAACAUGAAUACAUUGCCAAUCUUUAACUUGAAAAUAUAAAGGAAUAUCUAGACUUUUAUUCAAAAUGUCAAUCCAUUAAGGACUUUGAAAUUGGGGUUAUGACUACUGAAGGUUUUCCUGCUGUUACUUCAGGAUUAUCUUCAAGUAAUCCAAAAAUUCGUAUAAUAGAUUCUGUAGAAUCUUAUGUUGUUAUAAAACAAAAUAGUCCUUCUCCUAGGACUAAUAGUAAACCACAAGUUUAUAUAUAACCAACUUCUAAUGUUUUGGAUGCACAAGGUUAUCCUAAUUUCUUGAAUAUCAUAAUGAAUACGCCUUAAUUUCAAAUUCCAAACUUUAAUAUCUAUUGGCUGAAAAUUUAAUUAGAUUGCUUUAAAUGCCAUAUGUUAAAAUAAACAGCAGAGAAGAUUAUGAAUGUUUUACCAAAAUAUAAACAUCCCUACCAAUAGGUUUUGGUAUAUCUUAUUUAAAAAAUGAAUUUGAUAGUUUUAAGGGAAAUGGACAAUGAUUUGAAAUCAAAUUCAUAUUUUUAAAAUUAAUAUGAUAAAUAAUGGGAAGCCUUUUUGAAUACAUAUGGGAAAGAUUUACCUAGAUCUGAUUCAAUAUCUUCCUAUUAGAAAUCAUUAUAACAUGAGAUAGCAACCCUUUAUUAUAAUUGUGAAGUUUACUUCGAAGAUGACUCUUGUAAUCUUUCUCCCUCAACCAAAAAAUCAAUCGAGGAUGACAAGAUUCAAAAUUUUAAAAUGUUAAAUAAUUCAUAAGAAUUCUUUUAAGAUAAUUAUAAAGACGAGCUUGAAGCGUUUCUUUAAUUUAUAAAUUCAAAAAUAACUUCAAAUAAUAACUUAGAAGAAUUAAAUUAAUUAAAGCAAUUAAUUUAUCAUUGUUUACAAAUUACGACUUCAAUCAAAUUAGAUAAAUUUUAAGAAACAUUUGCAGCACUUGCAAAAUAAAAUCAAAAAGUAUAGCCAAAAGAUUUAGCUUAAUAUCUUGGUAUUAACAAUUGA